AUGUCGCCUUCUCCUGCCUUUUUUUCCUCCUCCUCCAUGCCUCACUCCCCAUCCAUCUCUCCUCUCUCCCUUUCUGCCUUCACCGCCUCCGAUCACAGCUCCUCCCAGUCAAAAGCAAUUGCACCGCUCUCCGAUGUCACCUCGCCUGGGUUCACGUUGACCCCAAAUGAGCCAAGAGCCUACUGGACGGAAAACCACACCGGCUCAACAGUCGCCACUGUCGACCCUGCCACCCCAUCCUUGACCCUCAACAGGCGACAGCCUGUGUGCCCGUACCCACCGAUGCCCAUUCACGGGACCUUCUAUUUUCGAAAUGUGGAGAAUCCAGGUCCUGGGAGGAAUCGACAUUACAUACAGUACGCCUGCUAUCCUGGUUACACGCUGGCUCACGGAGACAUACACAGCUACUGCCAGCAUGGGGGCACUUGGAGUGGAGUCACACCUGUUUGUAUGGAGCUCUCACCAUGUUCAGUCAACAACGGGGGCUGUUCUCAGCUGUGCACUGAGUCCCAGAGCCUCCAUGAGACUCGGGCCUGGACCCAGUGCCUCUGCAGACACGGUUUCACCCUGCUGGAUGACAAGCAAACAUGUAGAGAUAUAGAUGAGUGUGCAGAAGGGCAGCACCACUGUCAGCAGGGGUGCAUCAACACAUUUGGCUCCUUUAAAUGCAGCUGUGAUAAUGGCUAUCAGCUAACUCAUGACCAGACCUCCUGUCCAGAUGUGGACGAGUGUCAGUUGCCCGUCGCUGUAACAGGCUGUGUGUUUGGUUGUAUUAACACCCCUGGAAGUUUCCAUUGUGAGUGUCCGGCUGGCUACAGCCUGCAAACUGCAGAUGACAACUGCCAAGACAUAGAUGAGUGUGCUGACAACCAGGGACAGGGGCCCUGCACGGAGCAGUGCCACAACUCACCGGGAUCCUACCGAUGCUCCUGCGGGUUUGGGCACACCUUGGCCGGAGACGGACGGAGCUGUGUCCCUCAAUGUCCUCCUGGGUACAGGAAGCAGACCCUCGCUCCCACACCUGAUAAAUCAACAACACACACACUUAAAGAGGAGUGUGUAGACAUAGACGAAUGUGGGGAGGAAGCCCGGCAGCUCAGCAGAUGUGAAUGGCAGUGUGUAAACUUACCAGGCUCCCAUCGCUGCAUCUGUCCGAGAGGAUACACGCUCCAGACAGACGGACGACGCUGCAAGGACAUUAAUGAGUGCAGUCGGAAGAAUGGCGGAUGCUCCCACCUGUGUGUCAACCACAAAGGGGGAUACAAAUGUGCCUGCCCAGCCUCCCACCGUCUCUCCCCCUACAGCUGGAAGAAAUGUGUGCCCAGGAUAACAGAGGACAGAGGCUAA